AUGCAAAACAAUACGAUCCUACCCCAUUCAAUGCAGCAGUACCAACAGCAACAACCACAGCAGCAGCGGGUAUUUCAUCCUCAGGUAGCGUAUCCACUCAUGUCGAAUAUCAUGCCAUCAGAACGAACCCAAGGUGUCUUUUCUGCCUAUCCUGCACGACUGAAGCAUUCUGACGACAACGCAUUAUUGCUGCCUGAGUCGUAUGUGCCUAAAAAGACGCGUUUCAGAGGAAAUGAAUCAGAGGACGAGUUUGAUCAAAUGAUGGAGGAAUCUGAUGAAGAUGAAGAUGAGGAUAUGGACCAAGGUGUUAGUCAAAAUACCCCCAAAAAGACUGCUGCCAGUGCAAGUGAUAGGAAUGCUGUUGCAAGUGAAACAACCCACAGCACUCUGCCAGGCGUUGCAGCACCACCACCGCCAGACUGGCCUAAAGUGAUUCGUCAAAAGAACGAGAUGGUAUAUUCCACUCAUGAUUUAAGCAAGAUCUCGGAAACAGAGGAGAAUUUGGUGCCUAUUCGACUCGACAUUGAUAUUGACUCCAUCAAGCUGCGAGAUAGAUUUCUGUGGAAUUUGAAUGAGCAGUAUUUGACACCUGAUAGAUUUGCCAUUAUGCUGUGUCAGGAUCUUGAUUUACCCAUCCACAAAUUCCUUCAACCUAUCGCCGAGUCCAUUCGUGCACAAAUCAACGACUUUGAGAGCUACAGUCAAGCAGAACUGCCAUCAGAGCAUACGCGGGUGAUUAUCAAUCUUGAUCUGCAAGUAGGCAAAGUCAACUACAGAGACCAAAUUGAAUGGGAAAUGCAAAACGAAAAGACAAAUGCCCCUGAAGUAUUUAGCCGUCAAUUAGCAUCUGAGCUUGGUGUGGGAGGAGAGUAUGUGGCCAUCAUAUCGCAUGCUAUCCGAGAGCAGCUGCUGCUGCAUAAAAAGCAAUAUGUGGAUGAGUUUUCGAUAGAUGGCGAAAUUCGUACACAUUUGGAUAGCGGGUUCAGAUCGAUUGAAGAAGCCAAACAGUGGGCGCCACACAUGGAUAUGCUGUCAAAUGACGAACUGGAGAAAUUGUUAGUAGCUCAAGAGAGAAAUAUUAGACGCAUGCGAAGAGAGACACGAUUCAAGAGGCAAACUAGAGGUCGUCAGUAG